AAACCAUAGUAGAGUCAUCGUUGUAAGGUGAAACCUACUUCGGCAUUUGAAGGCAUUCGAAGGUGUCCCCACUCCGUGAAGAACUCUAGCGGCGUUCCACUCGGGAAGGCGUCCCACUCACGAAGGCAUGGCUUUUACGACUUACGAUCGCGAAGAAUCCUAGCGGCAUUCUUCACAGACACGAAAUACAUUAGCUACCACUUAUUCAGCGCCUCAGCGCCUCAGAGAUCUGCCAGCUCAGCUGCUCUUUUAAUUGGAGAUCCUACAGUUAUGUGGGACAAAGCUGGAAACUUGGUUCUUCCGCGAGCUAAUGUCAUGAAGCUGAGAGAUCGUCUCAGAAAUGAAGAAGUUGCUGCAGGUUUAUUCCUUUGUGGAACCAAAAAUGGCCCAACAUAUUGUCGUGAGCCUAUGGCACGCCGAGCAGAGCAGGGUACUGCUAAAGCACCAGGUUUUAAGCAAUUGACGGGUAAUCUAAAACAAAGUGGUUCUGUUGAAUGUGGAUAUUGUAUGAUGAGGUACAUGAAAGAGAUAGUUGAAUGUGAAAAUCCACAGUUGGAGAAGAUGUUUGCAAGAACAAUCAAGAAUCAAUAUUACAACCAAUCUCAAUAUGAUGAAGUCAGAAGUGAAUGGAGCGAAUUUAUCUACUCGUAUCUAGAUGCCUAA